UAUGUGCUCCAGGUCAAGGCCACCGACGCAGAUGACCCGACCUAUGGAAACAGUGCCAGAGUCGUUUAUAGCAUUCUUCAGGGACAACCUUAUUUCUCUAUUGAUCCCAAGACAGGUGUUAUUAGAACAGCUUUGCCAAACAUGGACAGGGAAGUCAAAGAACAAUACCAAGUCCUCAUUCAAGCCAAGGAUAUGGGCGGACAACUAGGAGGCUUGGCUGGAACCACAAUAGUCAACAUCACCCUCACCGAUGUCAAUGACAAUCCACCUCGGUUCCCCAAAAGUAUCUUCCAUCUGAAAGUUCCCGAGUCUUCCCCUAUUGGCUCAGCCAUUGGAAGAAUAAGAGCUGUGGAUCCUGAUUUUGGACAAAAUGCAGAAAUUGAAUACAAUAUUGUUCCAGGAGAUGGGGGAAAUUUGUUUGACAUCAUCACAGAUGAGGACACACAAGAAGGAGUCAUCAAAUUGAAAAAGCCAUUAGAUUUUGAAACAAAGAAGGCAUAUACUUUUAAAGUAGAAGCCUCCAACCUUCACCUUGACCACAGAUUUCAUUCCGCGGGCCCUUUUAAAGACACGGCCACAGUGAAGAUCAGUGUGCUGGAUGUGGAUGAGCCCCCGGUGUUCAGCAAGCCAUUAUACACCAUGGAGGUUUAUGAAGACACGCCGGUUGGGACCAUCAUCGGCGCCGUGACUGCACAAGACCUAGAUGUGGGCAGCAGUGCCGUUCGGUACUUCAUAGAUUGGAAGAGUGAUGGGGACAGCUACUUUACAAUAGAUGGAACUGAAGGAACUAUCGCCACGAAUGAGUUACUAGACAGAGAAAGCACGGCGCAGUAUAAUUUCUCCAUAAUUGCGAGUAAAGUUAGUAAUCCAUUAUUAAGCAGCAAAGUCAACAUAUUGAUUAAUGUCUUAGAUGUCAAUGAAUUUCCUCCAGAAAUAUCUGUGCCAUAUGAGACAGCUGUGUGUGAAAAUGCCAAACCAGGACAGAUAAUUCAGAUAGUCAGCGCUGCAGAUCGAGAUCUUUCACCUGCUGGGCAGCAAUUCUCCUUUAGAUUAUCACCUGAAGCUGCCAUCAAACCAAAUUUUACAGUCCGUGACUUCAGAAACAACACAGCUGGAAUUGAAACCCGAAGAAAUGGAUACAGUCGCAGGCAGCAAGAGUUGUAUUUCCUCCCUGUUGUAAUAGAGGACAGCAGUUACCCUGUGCAGAGCAGCACAAACACCAUGACUAUUCGAGUUUGUAGAUGUGACUCUGACGGUACCAUCCUGUCUUGCAACGUGGAAGCAAUUUUUCUACCUGUAGGACUCAGCACUGGGGCUUUGAUUGCAAUCCUGCUGUGCAUUGUUAUACUGUUAGCCAUAGUUGUGCUGUAUGUAGCUCUGCGAAGGCAGAAGAAGAAAGACACUCUAAUGACCUCCAAAGAAGACAUCAGAGAUAAUGUUAUCCAUUAUGAUGACGAAGGAGGUGGGGAGGAGGACACCCAAGCUUUUGACAUUGGUGCUCUGAGAAACCCAAAAGUGAUUGAAGACAACAAAAUUCGCAGGGAUAUAAAACCAGACUCUCUCCGUUUACCUCGUCAAAGACCACCAGUGGAGGACAACACAGACAUACGGGAUUUCAUUAAUCAAAGGCUACAGGAAAAUGAUGUGGACCCAACUGCUCCACCAUAUGAUUCAUUGGCUACAUAUGCAUAUGAAGGAAAUGGAUCAGUAGCAGACUCCCUUAGCUCUAUAGACUCUCUCACCACGGAAGCCGACCAGGACUACGACUAUCUGACAGACUGGGGACCCCGCUUUAAAGUCUUGGCAGACAUGUUUGGUGAAGAAGAGAGUUAUAACCCUGAUAAAGUCACUUAGGGCAGAAGCGAAGGAUAAAACACAACCAAAUGGAGAAAUUUAAGAAAAAGAAACACAAAUAGAAAUAUCACACACACACACACACACACACACACACACACACACCAGGCUUUAUAGGACACAAUCCUUUGAUUACCUGGUUUCUAACAAGUUGCUAUAUUUAUCAUAUUGUCAAUUUUGUUUUAUUCUGCCAAACAAGAUAAAUCCUAUUAUAUGUACUUGCUUGGUUUUGUUUUGUUAUUUUGGAAACACACUGAGACAAGCUCAGGCCUAUUAAAUACAAUUUACUGACAUGACAACAUAGAACGAAGAUAGCUAUGUGGCAUCACGGUGGAAGAGUGUUAGAUUUUUCUUAAUUCCACUAAAGUGCCUAUUGAAACUCUUAUCAUUUAAAGUGGUGUUCAAUACACUCUGCUGUGAUGGCAUUUCAGGAUUCAGAGAUACAGAGGACAUAAAACAAAGACAUUGUCUUUAUGUCAAGGAGCAAUAGCAACAUGCUGACUUCUAAUUCCUUUUGAGGAAAAAAGAAGAAUACUUUCUGAACUCCAUCUUCUUACGAUUCAAAGGGUUUUUUUUUUCUUUUUUAAACUGUAUGCCAAAACACACUUGUUUUUCCUACCCUUUCAGAAAAUUUAAAUAAAUGCGAUAAUAUCAAAUUCAAUAUGUAAGUCCUGAAUUUUAAAAGCAAUGUUUGAUCUUCACAUUAGUUCAUAUUAAAGGUGUUCAGCAAAAUGUUACCUUUUUCCAAAAAAAUAAAUUAUAAAAAAGGAAACUAAAAAAAAAUCCCUCUUUAUGAAGAGAGGCCUCAGGGCUGAAACUCCACAUUAAAAUAAAUAUUGGUUUUGUCUUAAUACUGUGCUGGUGUGUGGAAGGUUCGUUUUAACAAAUCACCAGAUUAGUAAAGUGUUCAGUCAUAGAUAAAAUUUUAAGUUGCGUUUCUAUGAAAAUUAUUAAAGAAAAAAGUGCCAUUAACUUAAACAUGGGAAGAGAAAUUCAUUACAGAGCUUCUCAGAGUUUCUUACAAACUAGCAAUUUUGUUUGAUGAGCAAAAAAUAAAAUAAAAUACAUGUCAAAUAACACAGGAUGGAUUUAUAGCAUGACUAAAACUAUUUACUAUAUAUAUUAUUAAACAAAUAAAAAAAAACCCAGGGAUUUCAGAAAAUUCAAACCAGUGACUAAUUCCUAAAAUAAACACAGAUGCAAAAUCAAGCAGUUGAUUUAUUUAUUUAAUCAACAUAGAUUCCAACUUUGUAAACAUUAUUAUUAUAUAAAAGCACACAGUUGCUUCUUUAUGUGAUCAUCUACAAUAAUUCCAAUAUAACUGAUCCCAUACAACUAGUCUAUAAAGAACAUUGCCUUUUUAAUUUAAUGCAGAUUUCUGAGAAAUGUUAGAUUUUAUAAGCAUACAAGUAAACUGUAGUCAUAUACUUUACUUUCAAGUGAACUGUAUACUAUCUAGAAAUGCGCUUAACAAAACAGGUAACUCUGAAGUGAAAAUAUAUUUUCUUAACAAUAUAAUUAUACAAAUGACUACUGAAUUAUUGAGACUAUCUCUAGGAAAAAAAUAAAAGUUGCUUAUAAGAUCCACCCUGAAAAUGUGGUCAAU